AUGCAUAUCCGGGAUAUGGUUGCAGAUGCCGAGAGGAGCGGUCAGCCUUCCUUCUCCUUCGAGUACUUUCCGCCCAAGACCGCCCAAGGUGUGCAGAACCUCUACGACCGCAUGGAGCGCAUGUACGAUUUCGGCCCGAAGUUUAUCGACGUCACCUGGGGUGCUGGAGGUCGCAUUGCGGAGCUCACAUGCGAUAUGGUCGCCCAGGCUCAGGCCUAUUUCGGUCUCGAGACCUGCAUGCACUUGACGUGCACUGACAUGGGCGAGGCGAAGGUCAACGAUGCGUUGGCCAAGGCCUACAAGGCUGGCUGCACAAACAUUCUGGCUCUCCGCGGCGAUCCUCCGAGAGCAACGGAGAAGUGGACAGCCACCGACGAUGGCUUCCAGUAUGCCAAGGACCUCGUUGCCCACAUCAAGAAGCUGUACGGGAACCAUUUCGACAUCGGUGUAGCUGGAUAUCCGGAAGGCUGCGACGACAACAAAGAUGAGGAGUCCCUCCUGGACCAUCUCAAGGAGAAGGUCGAUCUCGGCGGCACUUUCAUUGUCACGCAGAUGUUCUACGAUGCCGACAACUUCAUUCGCUGGGUCAAGAAGGUGCGGGAGCGUGGAAUCACAGUGCCCAUUCUGCCUGGCAUCAUGCCAAUCGCUACGUACGCUAGCUUCCUGCGCCGUGCCACGCACAUGAACUGCAAGAUCCCCGAGGAAUGGAUGGCGGCCCUGGAGCCUGUCAAGAACGACGAUGUCGCCGUGCGUGAGGUCGGCAAGACUCUGGUAGCGGAGUUGUGUCGCAAGAUCAUGGCUGCGGGCAUCCACCACCUGCACUUCUACACCAUGAACCUUGCCCAGGCCACACGCAUGGUGCUGGAGGAGCUUGACUGGAUGCCCACCUCCACCCGUCCCACCAAGAAGGCGCUUCCCUGGAAGCAGUCUUUGGGUCUCGGCCGUCGCGAAGAGGAUGUGCGGCCCGCCUUCUGGCGUAACCGCAACAAGUCCUAUGUCUCGAGAACCCAGGACUGGGAUGAGUUCCCCAACGGCCGCUGGGGUGAUUCGAGGUCGCCUGCUUUCGGCGAGCUGGACGCGUACGGCAUUGGUCUGACGGGCACAAACGAGUCGAACCGCAAGAAGUGGGGAGAGCCGCAGUGCAUCAAGGAUGUCGCCCAGCUGUUCGUCCGCUACCUCGAGAAAGACAUUGACUCCCUCCCUUGGAGUGAGUCACCACUUACUAGCGAGGCCGACUCUAUCAAGGAUAGCUUGAUCAAGCUCAACCAGCGCGGCUUCUUGACAAUCAACUCCCAGCCAGCCGUCGGCGGUGUCCGUUCCAACCACCCCGUCCAUGGAUGGGGCCCUUCGAAUGGAUAUGUCUACCAGAAGGCUUACCUCGAGCUACUUGUGCCGCCCUACAUGUUUCCGGAUGUCGUCAAGAGAAUUGAGUCGAACCCCGACAUGUCUUACUAUGCCGUCACUCAGCACGGAAGUCUCGUAACGAAUGCACCUUCCGAGGGACCAAACGCCGUGACCUGGGGCGUUUUCCCAGGCAAGGAAAUCGUGCAACCGACCAUCGUCGAGGGCAUCAGCUUCCUUGCCUGGAAGGAUGAGGCUUUCCAGCUCGGAAUGGACUGGGCUCACUGCUUUGAUGCCAACACCCCAAGCCGCAUCCUGAUCGAGGACAUCAUGAAUGAGUGGUACCUGGUCAACAUUGUGAACAAUGACUUCCACGACCAGACGUCCAUAUUCGAGCUCUUCGAUGGCCUGGCUGCCAAAGAUCUCGAGGCUCCGCCGACUCCUACUCUCUCCACAGCGACCAUUAACGGAUCCUUGUCCAAUGGUACUCAUGAUACUAAUGAAGCUGUUGCUGCUACUGCGUAG